UUAUCAAAAUGGAAACUGCGUGCUUAAAAAUUAAAUUCACAUCACUGAUCAAAAAGCUACGUGAGAAUGAUUCCAAAUGUUGUCUCGAAAUUGUACCAGAAGUGACCUGUUUACAAAACUUUGCUAAGAUGCUAAUACAGAAACAAGAAAACAGCUUAUAUGAAUACGCUAUUCCUAUUACUUAUAAACUAAUUCUCAAGAAGUGUAUAAAAUGCGAAACAAAGCAUACGGGUUAUGAACUUAACCAGAUGUAUCAUUCUUGUGUGGACAUUUUACACGCACCUGCUGCCAGUUAUAUUGAUGAAACUGGAGACAUCAAUCGAUUUUUAAGUGAAACUGUAUUGCUUAAUAAAGUACCAACAAGUUUCCACGGAUGGAACAUGGCUAAACCACAACAUAAAAAACUAAACUCCACUCCAGAAAAAAAAUAUACAGCAAGUACUCAAACUUACGAGAAGAGAGGCGAAUUUACUCUCACUAACAGGGAAAACAGAAAUUUGAAUAAAUAUUAUACCACAAACAGCACUGAUGACACUGACAAAGAGUAUUGUGUUAUGCGUAACAUUGAUAUCCAAGUCGAUUCUAUGCAAAACAUUGUCGACGUCGUAAACGAUAUACCUGAAAAGGGCAACCAUAAAAUUUGUAAUAAAAAUAUCAAUUUCUCAAUUAAUGAGAUCUCUAAGAAGUGUAACAUUAAUGAGAUGCGAAAAUUAAGUCUCACGCCCAUUUUUUCUAUUGACACAAAUGACAUGUGUAUGGCAGAACAAACUGAAAAUAUUCUCAUUCGUAAUUCAAAUGGUAAGGACAAUAAUGUGGGAUAUUUCAAAGAAUUUGUUCUUUAUAAUUGUAUAUCACCAAUAAUAAAACCAAAUAUGGACACAACUCACAUGCCUUUAAAUGAGUAUAAAUCAAUAGAACCAUAUAGAAAUACACCUGAAGUGCGAAUAGCAGAGUUCCUGAAAUUAAUUGAAUACGAGAUGUUACCCCUAAAAUAUAUGUUAAAUGACAUAGUUUCGAAAUAUACGUCACUAAAUGUAGAUAACCAACUAAAAAAAUAUUUAUUAGCCACAAAAAAAAAACAUCAAAUCGAAAAAUUUACUUGUCAAAAUCGCCUUAGAUCUAAUCGUGUUUUUUAUACAAUUGUCUUUGAUGGUUAAAAUUGAUUGUCAAAUAAAAGUUACUUAGAACGUA